AUGGAGUUUGUGGGUGCGAUCGGAGAGCUCAAGGCCCUCCCGGAGAGUACCCAUCUCCUUUGCCCGCGCAAGAGCGACGAAGACUACGGACGCUACGAUGAACCAGACAAGACGGACGAGUCAGGAAGAAGUUUCCGAGAGCUAUUGGCGGAGGCAACGGCUCGGAAGGAGAAGUUCCUUUCCUGCAUGCGUAUCCUGGCCUACAACGCGGAUGGCGUGGAGGAGCUCCAGACCUGGGUGUUAAGCAAGCUGGACGAGACGCUGGAGAAAUGUGAUCUCUGUAUCAAGCACUACUACACCGGCAAGCUCUGGCUCAUGGACCAGCUCAAGGAGGAGGACUACCAGGAAGAAGAUAUCGAGACUUUUGCACAGCGUAUCGAUGAAUGGGAUAUCAAGCGCAUCACCCGCAACUUGACGACGGCCACGGCUCAGCUGCGAGCGGCACGGCCGGAGGAAAUUGGUCUAGCGAUUUUGGAGCGAGCGGCACUGCUGUCCAUCUUCGAGACGUUGAGCUGUGAGGCCAUGCUGCGCAACGAGGAUCUUCUCAAGCAAUACUUCGACGAGCCAUUCGGCCUCAUCCAGACCCGUCGGACCUUGAAAAUCUCCGAUUAUAUCCCCGCCGUCACUCGGUUCUUGUUCGACCCCAACCAGACCCGCCACAUAUGGGCCAUCCACGCAUGGAUUCGCUACACUCGACCCCCCACCACGCUGGAGUUCGACUGGGCUCUGAGGGAUGGACUUCUGAGCGCUCUGCGCUCUGCCUCGCAGUUGAACCCACCCCAGGUCGGUGUUAUCCAGCGACUGUGGCGUGGUAUGCAUGUUAUCGUCAAGAAAUUGGACAAAGAGCAGAUCACGCACCAGCUCCGUGCCCUGGAAAUCGACCCUCUACGUCUGUCGGUGGACCAUCUCGGCUUGCCCAUGCCUGCCCUGCGAUUCCUUCUGAACACGAUCCAGACCUUUCUCGAAAAGGCCCCCGCCGACUUCUGGGACGCCAUGCAGACCAUUUCGCCGCAGGCAAUAAUGGAGCAGGCUUUUCACAACCCCCAAUACGAAACCUUUCUCAUGCAGCUCACCGAGGGCGAGCCAUAUGAAAAAUCUGCCAUGAAGGAAAUGCUGUCCUGGGUCACUCCGUUUCUGAUGUCGCUUAAAGGCGCUGCCCAGCCAUCGGCAUGUCGAUUCCUCGCAUCGCAGCUGCUGGGCCGUUUCCAGAACGAGAAGUACCCCAAUCUCUCCCGCUACCAUUGUUUCCACAUUGGCCUAAACAGCCUUCUUCAUACCCUUCGCCGCUUCACCGACCACGAGGCUUCGCGAGGGUCGGUUGAACGCAUCGUGUUGGCCGAGACGAUGGGGGUGGUCAGUGACAAUAUCACCCACAUCCUUGACCCUCCGAUCUUUGCCAUUGAGGCGAGUCGUCAACAGGAGAUCGGGUCGUUGUGUAUGGAUGUCGUGCGCAACACCCUGGCGUUGGAAUGCCAGUCGCUGAAGAGCGAUUACGAGGUCAUCCUGAAACACAACACCCUGUCGCACGGAGUGUCGACGUAUUCUGCGCCCAUCUGGGAUGCGGUCAUCAAACAUCUUCACCAGGAUAACCUCGCCCUCUCAACGGCCGCACUUUUGGGCAUUCUCCCGCUUGUCGGCCUGGAGAAGUUCCCGACCAAAGGCGGAGACAAUCCGGAAAAGACGCAUUUCAACAUGAUUUAUGGACACCUCACCCAUCUCUCCUGCCAGAUCAUCGAACGUCUGGCAGAUUUCCGCCCCGAGCAUCUGGAUACCUUAUUCCGUAGUCAGGAUACCAGUAGCGCCCUAAUCUCGACCCUGUUCGCCGCAGACCUCAACACCUAUCAAGCCGCCAUAGACCUCAUCAAAAACGUCAGCGGCCAGUCUGCGCGCCGGGAUGCCAUAUCCCACCUCCUGCAAUCCUUCUUCACUACAACGAUGUAUGGCUUGAGCUGGUCAUUUCGCCGGAUAUCAAAUAUGAAGACCUUCGCGCCCGCGCCACGGAUGCUGCAUACGGGAACAGACAUCGUGGAGAUUCUCUGUGAUAGUCAGACUGGUAUGCUGCGUACGCGCACUCUGGCCGACCGCCGCGAGGUUCUAUCUAUCCAGAAAUUGUGGGAGUACCUAUGGCAGGCCCUGACUACGAUCUUCGAUGAGACUGAGGCUUGGCAUCUGCGUGGCAACGACAAGUCGGUGAUGCUGGAGUUCUGUCGAGACACGAUCCAGUUUGCCGAUUUCCUCUUUGGCCAAUAUGGUGUUUUUCUGGGUGCCGUGGGGGACGCAAGUACAGGGCAGAACGAGAACUUCCUCAAGUCGCCAACAACAACAAUGAGUGCGAUGGUGAAGUGGCUGCGAUUGAAGGACGAGUAUCUGGCAACAACGUUGGUGGGGUUGGUCGCUAAGCUAUUGAGACGACUUGGGGCAUUGAAUGUCACCACCGUGAAGCAAGAUGCAUUGAGCUUUAUUGAGGGCGUCGCAGUGAAUGGGACAAUCAAGACAAUCCUCACCCCACGCGAAAAGGCUGAAUUGGUACGCGCUCUCGAGGCUUACUACAAAAAACCCGUCGUCACAGCUUCCACUGCUGCUUUCAAGAAGCAGAGCUCGAUUACUGCGUUUGCCAAACCCGGCGUCUCGAGUCCUUCCACCCGAGUCACCAGCGAUGACGACUUUGAGGAUGUGCCAGAUGAAGAUCUGCUUGCCCUUUCUCGCUCAGUUGAACUCAACAAGGAGCGCCUCGCUGGCCAGGCCCAGCGCAAAGCCGAAAAGUCCUCUUCCAAGGCGGCUGUGGCUGUCAAGCCGCCACACUCUACGCUCACCAAGACCCUGGUCACCCCUCGGCUCAAAGACGAUGCCAGCAACGUCCUGUCAUUCCGUGAGAAGCGCGAGCGCGAGAAAGAGGCCAAGAAGAAACGCGACUUGGCUGAACUCGCCCGCCUCAAGAAGAACAUGCCUGCUCGUGGGGUGGCAGAACAGACGGCUGAGCAGGGCUCCGGCCUCAAAGGUAUUGGUAUCAAGGGUAAAGACCAUACUAUCCCGGCGGAGAGUAUGAUGGUUUCGUCUGGUUCUGAUACAGAUUCCGAGAGUGAAGACGAAAUAGACAAGGAGCUAUUCGGCGCCAAACCCAAGAAACCAGACGCAGUGGCGGAAUAUGAGCAGAGCAAGAAACAAUCCCUGCAGCAGCAGCCGAUCAAGAAGGCAAAGCGCCACCGAUCCAUGAAGGAUAUGCGUGCCCGUCUGACCCCGGAUCUCUCUUCUUUGCACCACUCUAUCCUUUCCUGGGACUUCUUUUCAACUGGUGAUCUCCCUCCCACAUCGGAUCGCACCGACUACUCCCUGGUUUCCAAUUCCUUCCGUUCCUCCACGGACUAUCAGAAAACCUUUGAACCCCUCUUGAUCCUCGAAGCCUGGCAAGGUUUCCAGCAGGCCAAGGAAGAAGCCCAGUUCCGCCCCUUCGAGGUCAAGGUCAUGUCUCGCUUGACGGUUGACUCGUGGAUCGAAGUCAGCACCCAACCCCUCGGUCUACCACCCAAGGAUUUCAGCUUGGGAGAAGGCGACCUUAUCAUGUUUUCCAACUCGUCCAGUAUCUCCCCAGAAGCGAAGGUGCCUCAUGUGCUGGCGCGUGUCUGCGGUGUCAAUAGGAAAAACGGCAAGCUGGAGGUUACAUACCGCAUGAAUCCUUCUCAGAACAAGUUUCUCAGUACGUUUGCAACGGGCGCCACGGCCUGGGCAGUGAAAGUCACGUCGUUGACUCCAGUCGACCGCGAAUAUGGUGCCCUGAUGGCACUUCAGUUCUACGAUUUGUGCGAUGAAAUCGUCACGGCUAAGCCAUCGCCUAUUCUCACAUACUCCGACGCGAGACUGCAGCCCAUUAUGGACAACUACACCAUCAAUCGUGCCCAAGCCAGGGCAAUCAAGUCAGCCGUGGACAACGAUGCAUUCACCCUUAUCCAAGGUCCUCCCGGUUCCGGAAAGACCAAGACCAUUGUCGCCCUUGUGGGAUGUCUCUUGAGCAAUGUUUUGGGUAAAGGUGGGACAACGAUUGAGCCGGCAUACAAUACCGCGCCGGCAGCAAGAGCCGCGACUUCUAAGAAGCUGUUGAUCUGUGCUCCCAGCAAUGCUGCGGUCGAUGAACUGGUGAUGCGAAUGAAGGAAGGUGUCAAGACAAUUACCGGUCGCAACGAGAAACUUUCAGUCAUCCGUCUGGGGCGAAGUGAUGCGAUUAAUGCCAAAGUGCUGGACGUGACUCUGGACGAGAUGGUCAACGCUCGUCUGAGCAAGGAUUCAACCUCGGGCGGCGGAACCGACAUGCAGAAGCUAUACGAAGAGCACAAGACAACGGAUACCUCAUUCAAGGAAAUCCGUGGUCGUCUUGACGAGUGCCGCGCGAAGGGACUGCCUCCACCAGAGGAACUUGAGCGGGAGUUUGAAUUGAUGAAGAAGAAGCGAUCGCAAUUGAGUACGGCUAUUGACAAGGCUCGCGAUCAGAAUCAUACCUUGGCACGUAAUGCCGAUAUGAACAAGCGGCGCAUCCAGCAAGAGAUCAUCAACGGUGCCAAUGUUAUCUGCACAACCCUCAGUGGUUCGGGGCAUGAGAUCUUCCAGAACAUGAAUGUCGAAUUCGAAACCGUGAUCAUCGACGAGGCCGCCCAGUGUAUUGAACUGAGCGCCCUCAUUCCGCUUAAAUACGGCUGCUCGAAGUGUGUGCUCGUGGGUGACCCUAAGCAACUGCCUCCGACCGUCCUGUCGAAGAUGGCGUCGAAAUUCCAGUACGAGCAAAGCUUGUUCGUGCGGAUGCAGAAGAACUACCCACGGGAUGUGCACUUGCUGGAUGUCCAGUACCGUAUGCAUCCAGACAUUAGCCGCUUCCCCAGCUUGACCUUUUACGACGGCAAGCUCCAGGAUGGACCGGAUAUGGCGAAACUUCGCACUCGCCCUUGGCAUCAGAGCGAACUUCUGAGCCCGUAUCGGUUCUUCGACGUUCAGGGCAUGCACCAGAGUGCCACCAAAGGUCACUCCCUGAUCAACUACGCGGAACUUCAAGUGGCCAUGCAGCUUUACGAUCGUCUGAUCACGGAUGUCAAAGAUUACGACUUUGCAGGCAAGAUCGGCAUUAUCACGCCUUAUAAGGGCCAGCUGAGGGAGAUGAAGAUGCAAUUUACGGCUCGAUAUGGCGAGGAUAUUCUCAAGACGGUUGAUUUCAACACGACGGAUGCUUUCCAAGGUAGGGAGAGUGAAGUCAUCAUCUUCUCCUGUGUGCGCGCAUCGAAUAAGGGUAUCGGUUUCUUGGCGGAUAUUCGUCGUAUGAACGUCGGGCUUACUCGUGCCAAAUCGUCGCUAUGGGUUCUGGGCAACUCUCGGUCUCUGGCACAGGGCGAGUUCUGGAAUGGUCUGAUCCGCAACGCUCGCGAGAGGAAUGUCUAUACCGAAGGCAAUAUCAUCCGGGCCCUCGAGAAACCGCAGUUCACAGGCUACAAGGACGUUGAAAUGGCGGAUGUUGAUGCACCCGAGGUCGCACCAGUGUCUCGACCGUCGUCUGUGUCGAUGGAAAACAUGUCAGACUCUCGCUCGGUCUCGGUCUCUGUCUCGGCACGCAGCACUCCAGCUCCACUUGUCGACGGCCCAUCUGGAGGACCGUCGGGUCUGGACGAGAGAAAGAACUGUGGUAUAUGCGGAAGCCCUGAUCAUUUCACCUCGAACUGCGAUAAUGUGGAUGCCAAAGAAGGCACCCAUGGCAACUGCUACCGUUGUGGACAGCCUGGACACACCCGACUGUUUUGCAAGGCCGAACGCUGUCUCGAAUGCGGCGAAUGCGGACACUCGUCGCGCAAAUGCACAUCCACCAAAACCCUCUCCAAGCAAGAGAAGAAUCGCAUUGUCCGCGAAGAGCAGAACCGCCGAGAACUCCAAAAGAAGAACGCCGAGCGCCGGGAACUCAAGUAUCAGGCCAAACAUGAUCCCAAGGUACCGGUCGUCCAGACCACCACGCGCUCUCCGCCCCAUGGACCGAACAAAUCGGACGAGACCAAUCCUGGCUCCAAGCGCAAGCGUACCGACACUCCCCCGACUGCGUCCAAGGCAUCGCGGCCUCGCACCCUCGGCCCGUCAGGACCAUCGGGCCCGCCACCGAACGCCCCGAAGGGCCUGCGAGGCAAACUCGACGCCAAUGCCCCCCCGCCGGGAGGAUUGGUCAAACCCUCUCGCGAUGGGCCGGCCUAUGCUCCCAUGGAGAAGCAGCCGCCCACUGGGCCCCGCGCGGAGCAGACUUCCCAGCCCCCACCCAGGCCCCGCCCCCCGGUGAUGCGCAAAAGGAAGGAAGUCGAUCCGUUCAUCCGUCCGAAGCGUCGCUAA